CUGAAAAUGUCCCAAUAUGACUACCACCUUAUUGGUACAAACACCCGCUACUCCAGCUGGACGGCCCGAGUUGAAACGGUCCUGGAGUACUUCCAAAUCCCGUACACGAAUGAGAUCCUCCCUCUCGAUCAGGCCCGCACCUGUUCCCCUAGCGCCAAAUUCCCCCUCCUACGAUGUCACUCUCUCUGUAUCACCAUUAACGACUCCCUCGCCAUCGUCGAGUUUCUUGCCGACCGGAAUCCGCAUCUGCACCUAUGGCCCUCCGAUCCAGCUCUCCGCGCCCUCGCCCGCAGCGCAACGGCCGAAAUGCACUCUGGCUUCAUGACGCUGCGGAGUACGUUUCAUACGAACUUCAUCGCAAAAUAUACAGAGCGCGUAGCGCAAGACCAGGAUGAAGGGUUUCUGUUUGGGAAAUUCAGUAUUGCCGAUGCAUGGUUUUGGCCCGUGUUAUGGCGUUUUCGCACAUAUAACCUUCCCCUCGACAACGUGACUCCCGAAGCCCUAGAGUGGAUGGAGAAGAUGUGGAGUGACCCCCUGGUCAAAAAGCUAGUUUACGGAUUUUACCGACAGGCUGAGGAUCCGAAAACACGAAUCGAGAAGUAUGAGGGUCUUUUUGCGGAGGAAGGUGUUGUAUAUGAGACUUUCCCGGAGGAUUGGGUGUUUACCGUCUCGACUGGCGCUUAGGGUAAACGAGUAGGUUGCUUUGUCAGGUCAGAACAUGAAAGGAGGUAGUGAGUCAUGUUCUUCAUUUGCCAGUUUUGUUCGGCUAGAGGCCAAGUCCAGCGCUAUCCCGUCGCCCUUAGUCUAAAGAAAUCUAGACGGAAACGAUCAGCAGGGGCCGAAUCUGCUUCGGUAGGAGAUGUGACCAGGGCCGAACCUGAGCCCCCUAAUGUCUGCAGGACGGAGAGAAUGUCUAUAGUAAACAGCACAACAACGGCUGUGUCGCAACGGAUCUGCGAAGUGACAGGGUGGCAGAAGCUGGAAGCUCCUGCAUAUAGCGACCACAGCCCCAUCCUGCAAUAUUGACGAUCGCCCUGACUGACCGUUCAGAUCGCGUGCAGCUCCCCUAGCUUGCCAAUGCGGCCCACUAAGAUUGGGGCCAGAGGGCUGGCUGGACCCAUUCUGCGGCUGAGAAGGAGGGUCUGAAACUUGAGACGCCCGAAGCAGAACGCGAAUACAGU